UGGCUUAGGUAAACCAUGAAUAAUUUCAAAUUUGAUUUCAGCUCUAUCAGUUCCCUAGAAAAGAACGUCACGUUCUGCUAUAGUUGUGACAUCAUCAGUGACGUCACAUGUCUGACGACUGUAGAACACGUUGCUAUCACCUUGAGUACAGAUGUACCGGUAAACAAUAUAACGGUAGAACUGGUGUCACCCAGUGGAACUCAAUCUUUGCUGAUUGAUAACCAGCAUAUAGAACAGCCGGUGAAGGAAGCCCAACUAAUUUCCACGAAUUUUUGGGACGAGCUUGCAUUUGGAGCCUGGGUUCUUGUUUUACGAAGUAAAGACUUAAACAGUACAUUUGAUUUAAAGGUGAUUUCAUUAACUUUGUAUGGAACCCGUAACAAGACAGUAUCCGAUGCGGUUAACUUACCUCUAAAACAUAUCUGUAAAAAAUAUGAUACAGCCGAUAAUGAUAUUACAGCUUCUACUGUAGAAUCUUCUACAGGUAUAAUUCCUGACAAGAAAAGCGACAGUGACGAUAAAUUGAACUUACCUCUUAUUGUAGCAUUACCCGUGGGUAUAGUGAUAACGUGUUUUAUGCUAGUGUUCAUUUGUAAGAGAGGUGGUACUCAAGGACCUGUGUCGGUGUAUGGAAAACCGAAAAAGAACCAACAAAAGCAAGAAAAAAAGGGCGUUUUUAAUCGACAGAUUAGUCAAGACAAUAGGUUACAUAGACAGGUUAGUCUGCUUCGUGAACACUCUAGACAGUCAGGUGAUUCUGAUGAGUUGGCAGAAGAUAUUGAAGGCGAGGAGGCGGCGGCGGAGGCGUUGAAUGACGUCAUAAAUCAAGAGAAUGAUCUCCAUAGACAAGUCAGCUUGCUCCGGCAAAAGUCUAGACUAGCAAGCCCCUCAAAAGUGUUGAUAGAAGAUGUGUGAAGCGGAAGAGGCUGCAAUGAACAAUAACAUAGUCUGAAAUCUUCAUGUGGCAAUCAGUGUUGAAUUAUUAUAUGAAUGACCCAAGUUGUUUACCUAAUUCGUUUUUCCCCGGGCGUCCAGUUAAGGGGUGACCCCAUUUAUUUUCCACGUCAUUGGCAUGAUAGGGGUCGAGGAGCAUCAGCCUUUCACAUGAAUAUUUGAUUCUACCUUAUUCGUUUUAUUUCUAUAAAGACCGACGCACAUAUAUGAGCUGUUUACGAUUCGCCAUAUUGAAAUAUUCUCAUACAAUGACGUCACAUCGGAAAACAUGCUAUCACGUGACAAAAUAGGUAUUU